CACAUUCACUCUCAACACAACCUUUACACACACUAUGCAACUAACCUAAUAAAUUUAACCAUGUCCCUAAUGGACAAGGAGAUUGCUAUCACACUUUUUAUGGUUAUAGAGGGAGCUUUCAGCAAUGCAACAACUAACAGUCUCUCUACAUACAGCAAUUAAAAAUAGUGGAGUUUUGGAAAAGAUGUGCCAAUGGAUGGACGAAAGCCGAAGGAAGAGUAUAAUCACAUCCAUCUUGGGCGGAGCGACCAUCCGGGCAAAGACAGCCAGGGGAUACUCGCAAGGAGGUGUUCUCUCACCUCUACUGUGGACGAUGCUGGAAGACGAACUCCUACAAACGUUGGAACAAGAAGGAUUCUACUGCCUAUGUUAUCCGGACGACCUUGCCGUAGUAGUGGUGCAAAAUGGAGGAGCAAUCUAUCAACCCCCACAAAACCACAAUGAUUCCAUUCACAAGGAAGAGGACACAACAGCUUAAAAAGUCCAAAUCUAAACGGGGCUCUGAUCCCAUUUUCCAAAGAGGCCAAAUAUCUACGGAUCAGAUGCUCCGAGGGUCACCCAUCAACAGUGUUCUUGCUACGCGAGAGCUGCUUUGCCGGACCCCCCAUCAAUUUGAUCGGACACAUGAAGCAAAGGGAUAAGUUGUCACAACUCCGUGAAACCAUGAACAGCCCACUUCUUAUGCUCAGCAUUGUCUUAUUGGCGGAAUGCAAGGAACGCAUCAUAACGAACUAUUUCCAAUCAAAGAAUGUACAUGUACUUAACAUUUAUCUAUGUAACAAAGAAGAAGCAAAAGAAUUAACAAAAAAUUUAAUAAAAAAUAAAAAUUUUAUGGUAAAUAUCGCCAUACCUAACGGAAAAAAGACUAACUUCGGCGAAUCACUCUAUGUCACCCAAGGAUAUUACAUGAAUUUAAACUGCGAAAAAAAUAUGAAAAAUCUUUUUGAACUAUGCGAUGUGAACGCCUUCAAUGACAGUUUCGUCUGGUUGAUGUCUGCUGACAGCCCUGAAAUACUGCAAGCAUUACAGGCUCUUCCGUUGGGAAUCAACUCGGACGUCGUCCUACGUCUUGGAAACGGUUCCCUAUACGACAUAUACAAAACCGCCCCUCGCUUCAGAUUUCAGGUGUACGACUGCGGCGUAUUGAACAAGACGGAUUUCCGUUUGGAAAAGGCGAAAAGGACCAGUUUAGACGGCGUCACUCUAAUAGGCGGCAUUGUGAUUGUAGAUCUGAAACUGGACGGCGACUUCAAAAAUAUAUCUCGAUUAUUGACCGACCCGUCUUACUACCCUGAGUUUGAUGUGUUUGCUAGGCCGUAUAUAAUCUUCCACCAAUUCUUGCAGAUGUGGCUGAACUACAAAUUGAAGCAUAUCAAAUCCUCCACGUGGGGCUACAGGGACACUCAAACUGGUAAAAUGACCGGUUUAGUUGGCGACCUCGGCAAAGGUAAGGCGGACAUCGGUUUAACCCCUGUUCAGCCGAGGGAAGAACGAUGGAGUGAAGCCAACUUCUUGCCGGCAUUGUGGUAUAUAAGGUUUAUUUCCGUGUUUCGCCAACCGAAGGUUCUCGGUACUACUAAAGCCCUAGCCCUUCCAUUUUCAAAUGAAGUAUGGAUCUCUACGUUCAUCACCUUGGUCUUGUUCACCAUUGUAUACGAAAUUAUUGUAUUCGCCGGAAGAUCGUUCUCGAAAAGGAAUCGUUUGGAAAACGGCGAGGGUUUUCUGUACAUAAUAGGAAUAAUGGCACAACAAGGUUUGAUGCAUAAUCCUUCUACUUGUUCUGUGCGGAUUUUGAGCGUUUUCGUACUGUUCCUUGGUUUGUUGGUCAUUACGUACUACAAUGCCGCCGUGUUGAACAGUCUCCUCACACCGGCGCCGAAUUCGAUACAGACUAUGAAGCAGCUCGUUAGAACUAAGUACAUGGGAGUCGGCGUUAUCAACAUUUCCCACGUUACGCAUAAAGUGAAUUGGCAAUUGUAUUUCGAUGCGGAGACCCAAGCCAAGAUAGAACAUACAAAAAAUUACAUCAUGUCCCUCGCCGACGGCUUGGAUCGGGUGAAGACUGAAAGGUUCGCACUUUACGGCGACGACAUUCCGCUUUAUUCGGGAAUAUCUCGUUUGUAUACCGAUUCGGAGAUAUGCGAGCUGGCUGAGGUUGAUGGUGUACCGGCUUUUCCUAUGUCCUUGCCAGUCCCGAGGAACACAUCCGUCAAGGAGAUAUUCACCCAAGCCAUUCUCUGGCUCAGGGAGAACGGCUUAUCGGAAAGGACGAGGAAAAUCUGGCACCCAAGCUCUCCUCCUUGUUACGGCAGCAUCGCCUUCAUGCACGUGAAGCUAGAAGCCAUCGUCAUCGCCCUGGGAAUCUACCUUGGUGGACGUGAACACCUUCAAUAUCAGUGCUGUCUGGUUGCUGUUUGCUGAAAGCAUUGACAUUCUAAAAAAUCUUAAGUCUCUCCCUCUUGGAAUCAGCUCUGAUGUCGUCCUCCGACUUGCGAACGGUUCUCUGUACGAUGUUUACAAAACCGCUCCACAGUACAGUCUUCAGGCGUACGACUGCGGCGUUUUGAGCAGGUCGGAUUUUCGUUUGGAACAAAAGAGAAAAAACGAUUUAGAAGGUAUCACUCUAACCGCUGCAUUUUAUACAGAUGUGAAAAUAGACAACGACUACCAGACCACUCGCCAGUAUAACGACCCCACUUACUACCCACGAGCGGAGUUAUACAACAGGGAGCAUUUCAUGUAUCAUCAACAAUUGCAGAAAUUGUUAAAUUUCAAAACAUUCAUUCUCAGAUCUGCCUCGUAUGGCAACCAAAUCAGUAAUGGCAGUUGGAACGGGAUGGUCGGGGAAGUGUCUCAGGGCAAAGCAGAGGUUUCUAUAGCUCCAUUACAGUUGAGGAACGACAGAGGGAAAGUGGUCAAAUUCUUGGUUUCUUUGUCGACGUUGAGGAUAGUGUUUAUGUUUCGUCAGAAGAAAUAUUUGGGAAGUUACAACGCUCUGAUGCUGCCGUUUUCCACCGAGGCUUGGAUUUACACGUUCAUUACGAUGGGGCUGUUCGUAGUUUUUUACGAAACGAUUUCAUACAUCAGAAAAUCAUUGAGUAAAGGAAAUUCAUCGGAAACUGGCGUUGGGUUCAUUUUCGUCGUAGGGAUCAUGGCACUUCAAGGCAACUUUUCCAGUCUUUGACAUGUAUUUACUUUAUUGAAGUAAAACUUUUCCAGGAUUAAUGAAAACUCCUAAUACAUGUUCGAUGAGAAUUUUGAGCAUAGCUUUACUACUGUUUGGACUAUUUGUGAGUACAUUCUACAAUGCUGCUAUAAUGCACGGACUCCUGACACCAGUUCCGAUCCCCGUACCGACCCUCGAGCAGCUUGUAAAAAAUCCUUCGCUCGAAUUAGGCAUUUUAGACGCUAAUUAUCUAUCGGGGAAUAGAAAUAGCUGGGCGUUUUUCUUUAAACCCGAGACCCGAGCUCAGCUGGAAAAGAGAAGUCGCGUCAUGUCGGCCGAUGCCGGAUUAGAAAUGAUGAGGACUAAACGGUUCGCGUUCUGCACCGACGACUUCGGCGCGUACUGGGACAUAUCUCGGAAAUUCUCCGAUUCGGAAAAAUGCGAAAUCGUCGAAAUAGAAACAAGAGAUCCGUUUCACAUCGGUUGGAUGGUCGGCAGAAAUUCUACAAACAAGGAACUGUUUAACAGAGGUAUUAUCUGGCUCAAGGAGAACGGCCUGUCGUACAGAACGAAGAGGUUUUGGUUCCCCAUGUCACCCUCUUGUUACGGAAGUAUCACCUUCCUGCACGUGACUUUGGAAGCUGUUGUCAUCGCCGUGGGCAUCUACCUGGCAGGAGUCGUCUUUUCCAUUUUCGUACUUGGCGUAGAAUUGCUAAUUCACAUACGACAACGAACCGUUAAGGUUCAAAUAAUAAAGGUCCGGCGCGUUAAAAUCUCAUAGAGAUUUAAUUUAGAAACCAGGCUAUGUAUACGAACAAUUCUGACAACCUGUUACAUCUGUUAAUACAUGCACACAUUUUAUUAUGAGGAUUAAAAAUGCAAUGACAGGCUAAA